ACUUUGCACAUGUGUUUCAAGUCGAGAGAUUAUUAUUGUACUUGUUCGUUCUGGACUCACUUCACCAAUCGUGAAUACCUACCUGCAUAUACGUCGUAGACGUUGCCUUUCACAAACGGGUGGCUGUGACGGCUUCGUCAGUGGAAAUAUAUCGAACAGUGACUCAGACUGACGCCAGUUUGGACAGUGGCACUUGAGCUUUCGAAUUGGCAAAACAGAAACCGACAAGAUGAUACUCGAGCACAUUUCGAAAAAGUGACGUCCGGCCACAUAUCUUGGUCUCAUGCAAGACACGAUGGCGUGUAAGCAUCAAAACAAAAUGUGCGAGCCCACCCCCAGCACACUCGCCAUGACCCAAGCCAGCGGCCCCAGCACCACCAGUGGAUCGCUUCCCAAUGCCGCCACCGAGGCCACGGCGGCGUCCGUCGCUGGAACGACGAAUGGUAGCCACGACAACUCGCAGAAAGACAAACCUCGAUGGGGCAAAUGGACCAAGGAAGAGGAAACGUAUACGGCGCGACUGAUUGCGGACUUCACAGCGGGCGUGCUCACAGACGUGGACAACGGCACGACGAUGCGGUCAUGGCUCAGCGCCAAGCUGCGAUGCUGUCCCAUGCGCAUUUCCAAGAAAUUCGUCGGCGAACACAGCAUCGGCAAGCGCAUGUUUGAACGGAAUGAUGCCAAGAUUGCCGGUAUGACCGACGCCGACAAGGCGCUGCGCACGGCCGAGCUGGAGGUUCUGCACACCGAGUUCUGCGAGAGCUGGGCACGGGAGGAGCGAGAGCGACUGGAACAUCAAACCAACGGCACACGGAAACGAAAGCGCAACAAGCACCCGAAGAAGCCAAAGCCAGCGACGGCGGUGCCAUUUCCCGCCAACAUGGUGGCGAUGGCUGCAAAGGCCAAACGACCUGCUUCGCCGUUGGCUUUCAAGCACCCACCACGCGCCAUGACCACAGCUUCGACGCCACUGCAUAUGGCAACCAAGAGCCAGUCACUGCUACAAAAUCAACAGUCCAGUCGAGCUCCUACCGUUGUCUCGUUGGCAGGUGGUAAAAGCAAACCUACCCUCAUUGCAUCCCAAGGCCCAGCCAAACCAGUGCAAUCAACGUCGCAGCCGACCCCAUUGCAUGUGUCUCGUGGCGCGAGUAAGAUGCUCGACCUGCAGGACUCCCUCACCACUCGAUCCCGACAUUUAAGCGUCGACUUGACUGGGGGGGAUGUGAAAUCUGGUGGCUAUGAGCUGGACUUUACCGUGUUUGCCAUGGACAGCCCGGACGCGAGCCACCUGUUUGAUUUGAUGGACACGACGGAAGACGCGUGGUUGGCGGGGGACCACGAACUGGACGAAGACCCGUUUUUGUCGUUUGACGCGGCGGCGGAAUUGAUGCUGCCCCCCCAAGUGCAAAUUCAUUUCACGAACGACAAGUCCAAUGGAAACGACGUCGAGGACUUGGCGUUGUCCCCGACGUCAGUCAUGGACAUGUCUGGGUGGCCGCUGACCAUGGAGUAUUACGACCCCCUGUUUACCCAUCAGUACUAGAAACAGCGCACACCAUAUAGAGCUAGAACAUAAUAUGCUAGGAACAACCCCCCUGCCUUGAUUAUACACAACGAUUCCAUUGUGCAUUUCCAACA